GGGACUGAUCUGUGGAGGCAAGAAGGGCCUGCCUUGGCCGAGGGCGGCGACACAGAUACUGCGGGCAGUAUUUGAAGAUGGCCCUGAACUACGUGUCCCUGUCCGCCGGCGACCAAGCGAACAGCGUGGCCUACCGCUCCUCCCACGGCGACCUCAGCCCGUCGGCCUUGGCGUUGGCGAUGAUCUCUGGAGACAGCUUCCUCGUAGCCAGGCGGGAGGCGACUCCUCCGGGACCUGCUCCUCGGCAGGCGGGGCGGCCAAGCGUUCGUCUCGAGCGCAGUCGGGCGGCUGGUGGCGGUCGGAGCCCAACCCGCGUUAUAAAGGGAAGGGAACCGGAUGGGCGGAACCGAAGCCGCCAAGCCAGAUUCUCACCUUACCCGACCCCCGGGGUUAAACUGGAUCUCCUACGGAGUGUGCUGCAACAGCGUCUGAUUGCAUUCGGAGGUGUUUUCACAGCCCGCCUGUCGGCUUAAAGCCAGUACCUCCCUGUGCCCCCCAAUUAGGUUGUGAACAAGGCCUCUCUCAAAUGCUUUCUUGGUGCAACUGCUGUCUUAUUUUUAAAAGAAUGUAUUUCAUUUUAAUAUAAGAAUACGUAGGAGUCCAGUUACGAUCGCCCAGCACAAGGGAAAUUUUUACUAUUGCGUAAUUCAGAUGGUUUUAAGCGGCCAGAAUGAUUAGUUCAGGAAGCAGAUAGAAGAGAUUUUCUCUUAAGUAGUCACAAAGCUGAGCUAAGGGGACCACCCUUCCCAGAGGUCAGCGAUCCUUUUAUUCACCCUUUGUGCACUCCAUUCCAACAGUGGAUCCAAGUUUCUCUGCUUUCCACAAGUCUUCCCUCCCUGCCGGAUUCUCCUACUUUAAGAUUAGUAUUUCAAGCUUCCUUAGCUGCCUACGUUUCUA